AUGACAUCGUGCAAACCUUCGGCCACUCCGGUUGAGGUUAAGCCGAAGGUCAGUUCACCUUUUGCAGAUCCGACAUUGUAUCGUAGUAUUGCUGGGGCACUACAUUACCUCACUUUUACAAGAUCGGAUAUUUCAUACACCAUGCAACGGAGUACUAUUGAUCAUGGCUUGCAUCUUUAUCCAUCUUCUAUUUCUUCAAUAAUAUCCUAUACUGAUGCUGAUUGGGGUGGAUGCCUCGAUACGAGACGGUCUACUUCUGGAUAUUGUGUAUUUUUAGGGGAAAAUUUGAUAUCUUGGUCAUUUAAACGCCAUGCUACUCUUUCCAAGUCUAGUGCAGAGGCAGAGUACCGGGGUGUUGCCAAUGUGGUUUCCGAGUCUUGUUGGAUUUGA